UUUUUUUUUUUUGAGGGAACGAGGUUGGGUCGGAGAAAAUUGGGCUUUUGGGGGGCGGCGAGGAAAUUGAGCUGGGUCCGGUAGCAGGUCGCUUUCUCGACAACCGACGGUGAGUGUACUUGACACUUCCUAGUUCCAACUAAUUCCUUACAAUUUACAAAAUACUGCUUACAAAUCAGAGUGAAUUAUCUGGUGUGGUGGCCUCGGCGUUAGAUCUCAUUCUCCUCCAUCACUUCCACUCCCACUCCCGCUCCCGCUCCUCAGAAUCAUCUCACAUUUUUGGUCUUCCAUCAAUUUACCGGAGCAGAGCAAAGAAUUCUCAAGUACUUUUUUAAAAAAAGAAAGAAAAAACCAAAAGAAUGAUGGAGUCUCAGUCGUCGUCGUCAGACGAAGAAGACGAUCGACAGCAUCUAAUCGAACAGAACGAAAGAAGAGGCCUCCCUCACUCCCCUUCCAAGUCCCCCCGCCACUCCUCCUCCGCCUUCCAAAUUGACUUUCCCCGACUCCCCAACUCUCGCUCCACUUCUGUUGCAAGCUUCUUCAACAAUAAAAGGUACCUCUUCGCCGUUUUCCUUCCUCUCCUCCUCCUCCUCCUCUACUUUACCACCGACAUUAGGAACCUCUUCCAUACCACCACCCCCAUUUCCAACCUUCUUUAUGAUUCCUCCUCGCUUAAUCGCAUGCGCCAGUCCGAGCUCCAUGCUCUUUACCUCCUCAAGCAGCAACAGCUUGGCCUUUUCCUCUGGAAUCGCACCACCCUCCUCCCACAUAACCCUCUUAAUUUUUCUGUAAAUCCCACCAAUGCUUCUUCUAACGUUGUCGAUUCUUUACCUUCAUCGUCUCCUGCUCGUUUAGAAGAUUUGAAAUCCGAUCUGCUCCGCCAUAUUUCAUUGAAUAAGCAGAUUCAACAAGUUUUGUUGUCGUCCCAUCGUUUGGGAGAUCCGCUAGAUUCCUUGUCCAGUAAUACCUCUACGGACCCCACCCUGGCAGGUUUUGACGGAUGCAGGAAGGUGGAGCAGGGGCCAUCGUCCCAGAGGAGAACAAUCGAUUGGAAUCCCAAAUCCAAUAAGUACUUGUUUGCAAUGUGCGUGUCGGGACAGAUGUCCAACCAUCUCGUUUGCUUGGAGAAGCAUAUGUUUUUCGCGGCUGCGCUCAACCGAGUUCUGGUUAUUCCCAGCUCCAAAGUUGAUUACGAGUUUCAUAGGGUGUUGGAUAUUGAUCACAUCAAUAAAUGUUUGGGAAGGAAAGUCGUGGUUACUUUUGAGGAGUUUGCGGCGAGUAGAAAGAAUCGUCCGCGUAUUGAUAAGUUCCUUUGUUAUUUCUCGUCGCCCCAGCCCUGUUUUAUGGACGAUGAACGCGUCAAGAAGUUGAAGUCGUUGGGUGUUUCAUUGCCUAAGCUUGAGUCUGCUUGGACUGAUGACGUUAAGAAUCCAAAGCAAAGGACGAUUCAGGACGUUCUGUCCAAAUUUUCUACUGACGAUGAUGUUAUUGCGAUUGGAGACGUGUUCUUUGCUGAUGUGGAGAGGAGGGUGACGCAGCCUGGAGGUCCUAUUGCUCAUAAAUGUAAAACACUGAUCGAACCAAGUCGUUUCAUUUUGCUCACUGCCCAGCGUUUUGUCCAAACAUUUCUUGGAAGGGAUUUUAUCGCCCUUCAUUUCCGCCGACAUGGUUUCUUGAAGUUCUGCAAUGCCAAACAACCGAGUUGCUUCUACCCUGUUCCUCAAGCUGCUGAUUGCAUCAAUCGAGUGGUUGAACGAGCUAACACUCCGGUGAUAUAUCUUUCCACUGAUGCCGCGGAAAGUGAAACAGGUUUGCUCCAGUCACUUCUUGUCCUCAAUGGGAAGACUGUACCACUUGUGAAGAGGCCUGGACGGAGUUCAGCAGAGAAAUGGGAUGCUUUACUGUACAGACAUGGGCUUGAGGCUGACUCUCAGGUGAGCUUAUGAUUUCUAUAUAAUGUUCUUAGUUUUCAAAUUUUAUGUUACUCCUUGGAUAUCUCUACUGGCAUUAGACGGGCAUGCAAUUGACCUUGUCAAGUUUACUCCUGAUUAGCAACCAAGGAAUGAUCUGUAGUAUGCAAAUUCAAUUUGUUUAGCCCGUUGCAUUUGCUUGUGUUUUCUUUUCCGUUUGGUAUUCAUUCCGAAUGUGGAAACUUAAGGAACAUAAUGUGACAAUAAUCCACCCUCAGUAGUUUUCUUGUGAGGUCGUUUGAGGAUGCUGUUUAUGGUGUUGUGGCCAAUGCUUCUGAUGUUGGGGUUCGUGAUGAUGAUAUAGAAG